CUUCCGGUUGCCCCUGCCUUUUAGUGCGGGCAGCCCCGUUCUUCUUUCUUUUCGCACAUCAUGGCGGACCGGUUCAAUAAGGUUCUGCUAAUAGAUGGCAGGGGCCAUCUACUGGGCCGACUUGCUGCCAUUACGGCUAAGCAGGUCCUCCUGGGUAACAAAGUGGUGGUGGUGAGAUGUGAGGGCAUCAACAUCUCUGGCAACUUCUACCGUAACAAACUGAAGUAUCUGGCGUUCCUGCGGAAGCGGAUGAACACAAAUCCGUCUCGUGGACCGUACCACUUCAGAGCUCCUAGCAGGAUCUUCUGGAGGACUGUUAGAGGUAUGUUGCCCCACAAAACCAAGAGAGGCCAGGCAGCUCUGGACAGGCUGAAGGUGUUUGAUGGCAUCCCCCCACCCUAUGACAAGAGAAAGCGCAUGGUUGUCCCAGCUGCUCUUAAAGUCGUGCGUCUGAAGCCCACCCGUAAGUUUGCCCUCCUCGGACGUCUGGCCCACGAGGUCGGCUGGAAGUACCAGGCAAUCACAGCCACUCUAGAAGAGAAGAGGAAGGAGAAGUCCAAGCUUCGCUAUGCCAAGAAAAAGGCAACGGUCACAUUGACCAAGCAGGCAGAGAAGAACGUGGAGAGCAAGAUUGCAAAAUACACAGAUGUUCUGAAACAAUACGGCAUUCUUGUCUGAACUGGUUUUCAUUGGCCAAUAAAAUCUAUUAAGUUUACAAAC